CUCACUUUCUUGUGCGUGUCGCAACUUUCGAGUUUCAAGUCUCUGGUGCGAGAUGGGACAACUUGCUCCCUUAUCAGAAGAACCCAUCAACGAAGAAGACCUUGCGAGCAGUAAGAGAAGAAGUCGCCACCAGGCAUGGCGACACUGGAUCAAGACCCACUUCUCACUGCUCUUCUCUAAGAAGUCUCACCACCUCAACGUUCUCCUUAGCGUUCUGGGUUGCCCCCUCUUCCCUCUCCCUCUCCUCCCACAGCCACAUCUAUGCCUCCGCCAGGUGUCAUCGUCGGCUCAGUAUAUAAUACAGCACUUUACGGCGGCGACGGGUUGCCGGAAGUUGGAGGGGAGAGUGAAGAAUGUGUUUGUGACGGGGAAGGUGGCGAUGGGUGUGGUGGAUGAUGCGGGAAUGGGAUCUAACGGGGUGUCAGAGAGAGGAUGCUUUGUCAUGUGGCAAAUGGUUCCUGAUAUGUGGCUCAUAGAGCUCGUCGUCGGCGCUCACAAGGUCGUUGCCGGAAGUGACGGCACCGUCGCCUGGCGCCAUACUCCGUGGCUCGGCGCCCACGCUGCUAAAGGGGGCGUCCGCCCGCUCCGUCGUGCUCUGCAGGGGCUAGACCCUUUGGCGGUGUCUGCCGUAUUCUCUGCUGCCCAGUACAUGGGAGAGAAGCAAAUCUCAGGCGACGAUUGCUUCGCGUUGAAACUGUCAGCUGAUCAAGAGAACCUCGCGGACCGCAGUGAUAGUACUGCAGAGAUGAUCAAGCAUGUUACCUACGGUUACUUCAGCCAACGAAGCGGCCUCCUUGUGUACCUCGAGGACUCGUACCUCACGAGGAUCCAGUCCCCUGGGACUUACCCCGCUUACUGCGAGGUCACCAUGUCUACCAAGAUCGAGGAUUAUCGAACGGUGGAGGGCGUGAGGAUAGCCCACGCGGGGCAAUCAACGGCUGUGAUUACUAGGUUUGGGGACUGCCUCAAGGCUGGCCCAUCCAUAACGCGCUUGGAAGAAUUGUGGACCAUAGAUGAUGUUGCAUUCAACGUCCCUGGAUUAUCCGGGGACUGUUUCAUACCACCUAAGGAGUUGCAGACAAAUUUUCCCUUGGAGGAGGAUUUAGAUUGGAGAUCGCCCUUGCACGGAUGAUGAUUCUUCCCUUGCCUCCACGGCCUGUCACUCUUUUGACACUAAAUAAUCUUUAAAUGCUGAAAUUGACUCGGAACAAAAAUAGAUGUGGGUAACUUAUUACUUUUUGUGUAUGUAUAUUGUAAUUUGAUUUGAUUUGCUUCUUGAUGUAUGCUUGGAUUGCUUAUUGUUGGUGGGGAAAUCUCCAAAUUUUAAGAGAGGUCCCUAAAAAAAGAACAAAAUUGAGUGGAGUAGAGAUAUUGACCAUGAAAAUCAAUGUUAUGGCUGUUUUUU